AUGAGUCCUGAAGACCGUGGUUUUGGUGGUGGUAAUUUCCGGGGCCCUCCGGGAGCGCAGCGAAGGCCUGAUAUGGACAAUGUUACAGCGCAAAUGGAUGGGAUGAAUCUCUCGAUUCAGAGGCCACCAACAAGAGGACCUCCUGGGCCUAAUGGUACUGGACCGCAACGUGCACCAAUGCGCCCAGAUACCAGGGACGGGUAUGGAGGGCCGAUGCGUCCUAAUACUAGAGACGGCUAUGGAGGACCAGGACCUGGAGGGCCGCAAAGGGGACCGCCUCAGCCAUAUCGCCCUCAACAGGACAUUCAAGAUCAGCGACGAGGCCCUCCUCCUGGCCCGGACUUUGGUCAGCCCGGGGUUUUUCAGGAUGGUGGCUUUGGUCCACCUGGGCGGAGUAUGACCAUGCCUGCGAGAGAUGACAUGGGAUUUCAGCCCCCGCCGCAGAAUUUCAUGCACCAGAGCGACAGUGUCCCUUACAAUGGUCCAGUUGGACGCGCGAUACAGAGACCAAACACGGCUCAAGAUGCACGGGCACCACCGCAGAGGGUUUACCCGUCUGACCAUGGAGUUCCUCCACUACCACAAAAUAACUACGACCAAGGGUACGGGAACCGACAAGACAUAGCCUAUGGAGGUCAACAGCAACAGCAGCAACCCGGUCCUGUCGAUGAUUACUACGAGGACUAUUACGAGCCUACUGGCAACGGCGGAUACGCAGCUCAAUCAGACGGCCCAAACUUUGAUGCCAUUUCCCCUCACAGGCACCAAGAUUCUUUUGACCAGCACAUGCAGCCUAAUCAGAUGCAGCACCAAGCUCAACGUGGGCCUGGCCGCCUACCGGAGAUGUCUCGGGCCAAGUCUCAACCUGACCUGCGAAAUUCGCAGACGGCUGUAUUCGAAAUGGCAGGCGAUAUGCCCCCGAUGCCCAUGAUGCAACAACAAACCGGGGGCCCGCGUGGUUCGCUUGAAAGUCAGAACAGUCUUCAUAGGCCGCCUCCUAAUGGUCAGCCAGGGCCACUGCCACCAGGAGCUGGUAUAACUGCUCACCCAGCACCAUACAGACCCGGGCAAUCUGCGCCCCCUCAGGGACCGUAUAACUCGGACAAUUUGCCAUUGCAUCCUGCUCCAGUCCGCCCAGGUCAGAUGCCCGGCUCUAUGGUCAAUUUGAAUGACAGGCCCCCUCCAGUCAGGAACUACCAGGCUGCUAUGAACAGUAUGCCUGCUCCUCCCCCUCUCAACAAUCAACCUGGUCCUCAGCCGAUGCAAAGCGGUCCUGGUUCGCCGCCCCCUCCCACGAAACCAGUCGAGCCCAAGGUUACUGUGGAAGAACUGGAGCACCUGCGGGCCAUUGUCAAAAACGAUUCCAAUGAUCAACAGUCUGCUCUUCGGCUUGCUAAGAAACUAGUCGAAGCGUCAGACGUCUUAGUCCCAAAUCUGCCUGACCCCAAGGCUCGCGCUCGUUCUCGGGAUCGCUACCUUGUUGACGCUCACAAGAUUCUUCGCAAGCUUGAGAAGGCCAGCAAUCCAGACGCCAUGUUCUUCUUGGCCGACAGCAUCGGCCGUGGGCUGUUCAGCUCUGAGCCCGACCACGCACAUGCUUUCUCGCUCUACCAGUCCGCCGCGAAGCUCGGCCACGCAGCAGCAGCCUACCGCACCGCCGUCUGCUGCGAGAUCGGCAACGACGAGGGCGGCGGGACCCGUAAAGACCCCAUCAAGGCUAUCCAAUGGUACAAGCGCGCCGCGACACUGGGCGACACCCCCGCCAUGUACAAGGUUGGAAUGAUCCUGCUCAAGGGACUGCUGGGUCAGCCGAAGAACAGGCGGGAGGCCAUCAGCUGGCUCAAGCGGGCCGCCGAGCGCGCCGAUACCGAGAACCCCCACGCCCUCCACGAGCUCGCACUCCUGUACGCCAGCGCCGAGCCCGACGACGUUAUCCUCCGCGACGAGGCGUACGCCUUCAGCCUAUUUAAGCAGGCGGCCGAGCUGGGAUAUAAGUUUAGCCAAUUCCGUCUGGGCGCUGCGUACGAGUACGGUCUGUUCGGCUGCCCGAUCGACCCGCGGCUAUCUAUCAUGUGGUAUAGCCGCGCGGCAACCCAGGAGGAGCAUCAGAGUGAGUUGGCGCUUUCGGGAUGGUACUUUACGGGUAGUGAGGGUGUGUUGCAGCAAAACGAUACCGAGGCGUAUCUGUGGGCGAGAAAGGCUGCCAUGGCUGGGCUGGCCAAGGCCGAGUUUGCCAUGGGUUACUUUACGGAGGAGGGUAUCGGUGUGCCAGCCAAUCUUGAGGAUGCGAAGAGGUGGUACUGGCGGGCUGCUGCCCAAGACCACCCCAAAGCCCGCGAGCGUCUAGAGGAGCUCAAGCGAUCAGGGAAGAAUGGGCCGAGAAACCGGGAGAAGAUUUCUCGCAACAGAAAUUCGAGGCAGCAGGAGGGUGAAUGCUUGGUAAUGUAAAAUCCGUAAUCAUAUAAGGUCAAAUGAAUCCAGGGGGUGGUACCUAGCCGGCCAAUCUCCCUUCGGGAGGCAACAUCGUAUUGCGUUGUAUUUUGCGAGCUAGGAUAUGUAGAAGAAGUAAUCUUGCACACCCAUACCCGGCCGAUGGUUCAUGCCGAGGUUCCUC